AGCUGCUCGACGGUGUGCGUAUAACCAGCCGUGUGAUCUCAGUCAGUGAAGAUAUUAAAUAUUUUUAGUUUCCGUGUGUGAGUGGCAUAUCUACCUGUUAACUGAAUCAAACAAGCUGUGUGUUUAUCCGAGAAGAAGUGACGGAAGCUGAUUUUCAUCAACAGACACGAUGACACUUUUUCACUUUGGAAACUGCUUUGCCCUGGCUUAUUUCCCUUACUUUAUCACAUACAAGUGCAGUGGCCUCUCGGAGUACAAUGCUUUCUGGAGAUGUGUCCAGGCUGGAGCAACGUACCUGUUUGUCCAACUUUGCAAAAUGCUGUUUCUCGCUACAUUUUUCCCCACCUGGGAAGGAGGAGCCGGUGUUUAUGACUUUGUUGGGGAGUUCAUGAAGUCCACAGUGGACCUGGCUGACCUGUUGGGUCUCCAUCUAGUGAUGUCUCGUAAUGCUGGGAAAGGAGAGUAUAAGAUUAUGGUUGCUGCCAUGGGCUGGGCCACAGCAGAACUGGUGAUGUCAAGGUUUCUUCCUCUCUGGGUUGGUGCCAGAGGAAUCGAGUUUGAUUGGAAGUACAUCCAGAUGAGCUUUGACUCAAACAUUAGUUUGGUCCAUUACAUCGCCAUGGCAGCUGUUGUGUGGAUGUUCACCCGAUAUGACCUCCCUAAGAGCUUCAGGCUGCCUGUCACUGUGCUGCUGGCUCUGUGUGUGUACAAGGCCUUUUUAAUAGAGUUGUUCGUCCAUGUCUUCCUGUUGGGCAGCUGGACAGUGUUACUGGUGAAGGCCGUGCUCACUGGUGCAAUCUCUCUCUGCUCACUUUUUCUUUUUGUCACUCUAGUUCACAGCAACUGAAGAAAACAUGUCACCAAGUACAGAUCUGUGACAGUCUGGGUUCAAACUGGAGAAAAGGUUUUCAUGUCAGAGUCUGACCUUUUAAAGGAAGGCUUAAAAAUGUUUGGUGGUCUAGUUGGAGUCGACUGACAUGAUCCACCGACUGGUACAGCUACCAGUUCUUCCAGUUCGUACCGAUCAUCGCUUAUGAGCCCAUGAGGAAAAAGAACGUUCUCAGACACCAUUUUUGUUCCUACUUUUCAGUCGAUUAGUUGAUGCUAAAGAACGAAUGUCAACGUCAGGAGACUUCUUCAGUAUGACUGGCUUGUAUUGUUUUUUAAAAAUGUUAAUUUUUUAUUGAUUUAACUAUAAAUGAAUUAACACUUAAAAUAAAAAUACCAUUUCUUUUU